GUCUGCUGUGUUUCUUUUCUCCACAGCCGCCAACAUUUGUUCUCCACAGCGACCCAGGAUCGUACAGUCCCAGUUCCGGUCAUCGCUUUCACGUCCCCUGCUCAGGUCAUUGAUCUUAUCUGUCCGCGAGAAAGCUUUUUGAUAACUCUUACCGAAUUCCGCCAGCUAGGACGACGGGAAAUAAACCACUCAUCUUCUUUCAUACAAAUUGCACCAAAUCCUACGCACUCCAACGUUCCUUGGCUCCACCACCAUGGCUGCCGUCGAGGAGUACACAGAUACCCUCAACUUAAAGGUAGCUGAGCUAUUGAAAGAAGUCCAACUCGAUUACUCAUCAUCAACCACUAAAACCGUUGAUGAUGCUGUUUUAUCUAUCAAAGAAUGCAUCAAUAAAAUCCCCGAAGAUACACAGGUUACGGCUGAUUUGGCGCCGAAAUUUGUUAGAGAUAUUGGUGCAGACAAAGUUGAGUUUAGGUUUAAGCGGCCAAAAUCGAUUCAAAUCGGUGGAAGUUAUUCGUUUCAGUGUGUGGUGAAGCCUGAUGUGAAUGUUGAUCUUUACAUUCAAUUGCCCAAGGAGUGCUUCCAUGAGAAAGACUUCUUGAAUCAUCGGUACCAUGGAAAAAGAUGCCUGUAUCUCUGCAUUAUUAAGAAGUAUCUGGAAUCUUCUUCUGUAGCUCAAAAAGUAGAAUGGUCCUUCUUUCAAAACGAGGCCAGAAAACCUAUUCUUGUUGUCUACCCUGCUUUGAAAUCUGCUGGACUUCCAGGACUUUCUGUAAGGUUAAUUCCAACAGCAGAAUCUCGUUUUAAUGUCCAAAAGUUGAACAUAGAGCGCAACAAUCUUCAUACCUUGAGCGAAGGUGUUUCUGAGGCUACACCUAUGUACAACAACAGUGUAUUGGAGGACAUGUUUAUGGAACAAGGUGCAGAAUUUAUUAAAACGACAUUUACAGGAUGGAAGGCUUUACAGGAGGCUUUAGUUUUGCUUAAGGUAUGGGCUCGACAAAGAAGUUCUUUGAACACUCAUGAUUCGGUAAAUGGGUACCUUAUCUCGAUCAUAAUGGCAUACCUUGCUUCAGAAUCUGGUAAAGCUCGUCUAAACAAGGCAAUGACAGUAAUGCAGAUCUUUCGUAUCACAUUGGACUUUAUUGCCUCUUCUAAGUUGUGGGGCAACGGGAUUUUCAUCAAACCUCAGGGAGGAAGUGAUAUGUCGAAGGAGGACAGAAAGAAAUAUGUAAAGUAUUUUCCUGUGGUUUUAUGUGAUUUAUCAGCUCAUUUCAAUUUAGCGUACCGAAUGACAAUGGGUGGUUUGAAUGAGCUUCAAGCAGAGGCUGCUUUGGCGCUUAGGUGUAUCGAUAAAUGUAAAGAGGGAGGUUUUGUUGAGCUAUUUAUGACCAAGGUUGACUUUCCUGCAAAAUUUGACUAUUGUAUGAGAUUAAACUUGAAGGGGAAGACUGAAGUCUCUGCACAAGGGUUCUGUUUGGAUAAUGAAUGCUGGAGACUAUACGAGGACAAGGUACAUUCUUUGCUUAAAGAAGGCUUAGGAGACAGAGUAAAGUCUGUACGCGUGACAUGGCAGAAUGCAACAUCGACACGGUGUAUCAACGAUGGUUUAGCAGAGCUUGACAAAGAGCCGUUAACGGUUGGAAUUUCUCUCAGCUUGCCAGACGCGUAUGAUCAGUACACUAGGGGUCCAUUUUUUGGGAAUAAAGAAGAGGCUUUGAAGUUUCGGAAGUUUUGGGGAGAUGUGGCCGAGCUGUACCAAUUUAAAAGUGGUACAAGGGAAUGCGUUUUCUGGGAGUGUAAGCCUGCAAAGAGAUAUCUUAUCAUAAAAAACGUCACCGAGUAUGUGCUUAAGCGACAUCUAUCCUUGGCAGAAGAUAAGAUUAUGCAUGCUGUUGAUCAACUUGAUUUCUCAUUGGCUUGUGAAGAUGGAGAUCUGGCUUCUGAUGGAAGUUUGCUUGAAAGUUUCGGUACUCUAUCUAAGCGUCUACGUCUUCUGAGUGAUGUUCCUUUGGCAAUCUCCAGUGUGCAGCCCCUGGACUCAGCUUUCCGCCACACAUCAGUUUUUCCUCCUCGACCUCAUCCAUUGGCUAAUGGAACCAAAGCUGGAAAUAGAAUUAGUUCAACCUGUUUACCAUCAAUGGAAGUUAUGAUUCAGUUGGAAGGUUCAGGGAACUGGCCGAUGGAUGAUGCGGCAAUUGAGAAAACUAAAGCUGCGUUCCUGCUUAGAAUUGGAGAGUGCCUUGAGAAGGAUUAUGGAAUGAAAUGGUGUCCUUCAGAGGAAGGUGUGGAUGUUUUCUUGUCUGGAUAUGUGUUCCGCCUCAAAAUUUUGCAUGAAAGGGGCCUCGACUUGUUAAACGGACAAGCUGAGAGUUACCAAGUAAAAAGGGUUUCCCCAACAGACAAAUAUCUAUUUCUGAGAAGUCAGCAUUCGAGCAUGAUUAAUGGUCUUGCCGGCCGCUAUCCGUUAUAUGGACCAGUUGUUCAGUUGGCAAAACGAUGGGUCGCUGCGCAUCUCUUCUCAGCUUCUAUCAUGGAGGAAGUAAUUGAGCUUGUGGUUGCAUAUAUUUUUCAGAAGGCGUUGCCAUUUUCUGCUCCUUGCUCACGAAUUUCCGGAUUUUUAAGGUUUCUGAGACUAUUAUCUGAACAUGACUGGAUGUUUACUCCUAUGAUUGUUGAUAUAAAUGAGGAUAUGACGCCCGAUGAUGAAAAAGAGAUCAAUGAUAAAUUCUCGUUAAGUAGAAAAGCUUAUGAAGAAGGGGCGGGAAGUAUAAUAUCUGCCAUGUACGUAGCCACAGCUUAUGAUAAGGGAUCUGAAGCAUGGACCAGCUCAUCUCCAAGCAUAACAGAGCUCAAAAGAUUGGCUGCCUAUGCUAAAAGCAGUUCAAACUUGCUGACUAAACUCGUUAUGCAAGGUCAGCAAGAUUCGUACGGGUGGGAGUGCAUCUUUCGGACUCCAUUGAACAAUUAUGAUGCAGUCAUUCUUCUUCAUAGAGACAAACUGCCUCACCCUGAGCGUCUUCUCUUUCCAUCUGAACUUAAUCAAGGAAAGCUUGUGGCACAAGGAAAUGCAAGCAAGACUUUUCAGCCUUACUUGUUGACCAAGGGUAGCACAAAGGAUCUUCAAGAUCAGUUAUAUAUCAACUUUGAUCCAUUGAUGUGUUAUGUAAAAGAUUUGGAGAGUGCUUUUCCCAACACAUUCAAGUUGUGGUAUGAUUCUUUCGGUGGCGAUGCCAUUGGUCUUACAUGGGAAAAAGAGAACUUGAAGAAGAGGAAACGAGAUGGCGAAGUCACAAAAAACGUGUUGGAUACGCUGAAAGAUGUUGGUAAAACUGGAAAAGGUUUUGUGAAGAGUGUACAUUUGCUGAAAGUGCCAAAGUAGAGCAGAUACCACACCAACAGCAUAAUGUUGUACCAGUUUUGAGAUGUUACUGACGUGUCGUGUCAGGUGACAUGACAUGUCAUUGAGUGAAAGGUGUCUAACUAACUAGCAGCCUCGAUUUUGAUUUUGAGGUGUUACUCAUGUGCCAGAUGAUAUGAAUUAUUUAUAACUUAUGGACAUUGUAUAUUCUUUUCUUCUUGCUGGUUACGAGGACUCUAUUGUUAUAGAAAUUUUGCUUUUGUUCC